GAUGUGAAAGCACAGACCAAUCAUUGGCACUUUCCAACACCCACGCGUCACGCUAGGAACAACAAUUCUCCGUGACUUUAUCUAUCGCCCCGCCGUCGCCAUGGCGAAGCGUAAAGAUAUCUCCUACCUCUCCCACCAAGUCAGGCCUCGAGUCAAACCGCAAGGACCGCGCUCAGGACGUGCAAUUGGAGUCUCGCCCUACGAACGUGAGCCCCCGAUGGCACCACCAGGCACGAACCAGAAGCGCGUCAAGGGCGUGCAGAUCUUCCGCCCAUUCAUCUAUGGCACGACAGCUAAACCCUUCGACGAGACGACCAACCCGAAACCAGAGGGUGUGCCGGCAGACCACACACAUAGCUGGACGGUGUUUGUGAAGGGUGUAGAUGGGACGGAUAUUACGUAUUGGCUGAAGAAGGUUCAGUUCAAAUUACACGAGUCGAUCCCGAAUCCCUUGCGCUCGGUGGAGGCAGUAGCCGGCCAGCCCUUUUCGAUCUCUGAAACUGGAUGGGGUGAGUUUGAAAUCAACAUCAAGCUUCACUACGUGUCCGAGUCGAAUGAGAAGCCGCAGUCUGUGUGGCACGGCCUCCGACUACACGCCUAUGGCACCGAAGAGGAACGCGCCGCUCAGAAGGCGUCGGGAGAGGUUCUCGCCUGGGCAUAUGAGGAACAACUGUUCAAUGAGCCAUACGAAAACUUCUACGAGAUCUUAACGUCGGUUGGAGAGAAGACGAAGGGCAAGGCGGCUGGUGCAAAGAAGAAGAACUUGGGGCCUGGGACGUCGGUCCCGGAGCGAACGGCGCUGAUACCCAUGAGGAGUAGUCCGGGGCAACCGUAUAGUAGAGAAGCAGAGCAGCUGGAGAUACUCAGGCUACAAGAUGCCAAGCGGAAGGUGGAGCAGCAAAACAGGGCCAUGACCCUACAAUUGAAAGAGAAGGAAGCGAAGUUGGCGGCAUUGCGCGCGUAAGGGUGGUAAUCGAGGAUGAGGACAGAUCAUUAGGAAAUGGCGAAGUAGGCGUUAUGAUACCCCGAUUUCUAAUACACACUUUAAAGGAACACUGAGGGAAAGAACAUUGAUGG